AUGGAGUGCGACGAAUUGCGCGAAUACAAACGGAAAGUUGUCGCUUUCAAAGACUUUGGCAGGUUCAAACUGCUCGAGAGAAGGUACGAUGAUAAUUCUUUCAAUAUAUACACCGCGAGGCUGAACGAUUUGAGGGAAGACACGUUGCGCAAAGCCAAAUUGAAAUGGAUGGACCAUCCAUACGUAGAGAUCUCACGCUUGGCUGUGGAGGAUAGAGAAAAAUCGUACAUCUUGAUAGGUGUACUAUAUAAAGAUGAUCUAAAGGAAAAGCUAAAACUUUCAUUGUUACGAGAUAUUGACAACGAGCCACAACAGGAAGCUCUGUUAAAUGACGGUUACAUGUCCAACUGUAUCAAGAUUUUUCUAGAGGAUGAAACAUCAUGUGUUAGACUAGUAGGGAAUCACAUGGAUGCGCAAGAAAUAAUCACAGGAGUUGUAUGUGCAGUAUUUGGAUAUGAAACAGAAACUGGAGCUUUCUGGGUAGAAGAUUGGUGCUUUCCAGGAUAUUGCCCGAAACCUUGCACGUUGAUGGGUUCAUCUCUGGAAGGUGGAAAAAUUCUGCUAGUGUCCGGCUUGGAUCUGGUGAAUAAUACCGACGAUCUUAGCUUGGAUCUCCUUUCAGAAUGGAUAACUGGGAUGGCAGGAUGCGCGAAUGCGCAGGAAGAGGAAGCGGUAGUCGCUAAAGUCAUUAUUGCCGGGAACAGCAUUCGGAGUUCCACGAGAUUGCACAACUACAAAGGCUAUUACGAGACCAAGUUUCAAGAUCAACGUAAAAUCAAGGAAGAUCUAAUGGCGAUGCGGAAGCUGGACUCUUUCCUCGUCAAGAUCCUCCAUUGCUGUUACGUCGUACUGAUGCCGGGACAAUUCGACCCGACCUCCUACUACAGCAUGCCCCAGCAACCGUUUCAUCCCUGUACUCUGCAGAAAUCGGCCAGGUUCAAGAGCAUGCACGGUGUGACUAAUCCCUGGAUCGGCGAUAUCGGCGGUCGCGUCGUGGCCGGCUCCUGUGGCAGGCCGAUCGAGGAUAUCAUGACGGUGACGAAGUCGGACGAACCGUUGCGCUGGAUGGAGCGUACCUUGACUUGGAGGCACUAUGCUCCAACCGGCCCGAACACGUUGCCGGCUCACCCGUUCUUCAAGAGCGAUCCGUUCGUCAUGACGGAAUGCCCGGACAUAUAUUUCGCCGGAAACAUGGACACGCACGACUCGAAAUUGGCCGAAGGUGACGAGGGGCAAACAGUGAGGUUGAUAUGCGUGCCGAAAUUCUCGGAGACGAAAACAGCGGUGCUAGUCGAUUUACAAGACCUGACGACGCAGCCUAUUUCAUUCGGCAGUGGCUGACAUCGUUUGUAUAUCUAUGCAUUUGUAUAUUUGUAUAUAUAAGGUAACGUUAACGUAAUUAUUUAUCGUGUAAGAGACCGUCUUGUGCAAUCAAGUGCGCGAUUAUCGCGCGAUUUCCACGCAAGGAGCGGAAAAAAUAUCGAUAUCAAGCUCGGAGAUUCUU